AUGAUCUUCCCCGCGUCGCAGGCGAGUUCGCAUUUCCCUCUCGAGCCGGUUUCCGCGGCCGUCCUCUGCAGUCGGGAGACGAAGCGGAGAGGCGCGGCGAUGGCGAGGGGCAAAGUGCAGGUUGGGAGCCGGGACGUCGAUGAGGAGGUUCUCGGCGGCGGGUUCGAGAGGGGGAGUGUUGUUGGGCUUAGUUCUGAGAGUGAGCAGAUGGGAAUUUUGAUUUCGAUGCAGGCGCUGGCGAAGACACUCUGCGGAGACGAGUCUGGGGGUGACCGAGGGAAGGGAGCGAGGGUGAUGAUUGUUACGACGCAGCCUCCUGCGGCUAUUCUCCCGCCGCUGAGGGAUGCUAUUCGGACGGAACUCGUGGUGCGCAGCACCGCUGAGGCGGAUGCGGAUUUGGUGACGAGGUUGAGGCGGUGCCUGGAGAGGGUCUCUGUUUCUAGAGUUUUCGAUCUCGAGGGUUUGUGGCAGGUUCUCGGCGACUUGGACAUUCCGCCUGAGAGUCCUGAGCCGCGGGUCUCUUCCUCCCCGCCGGGGUUCCGGGCACCGUCUGGGGAGAAGCGGUUGGAGAAGGAUGACGAUGAUGCGGCGGGCGAGACGAAGGAUGGAGGGGUCGUGGAAAGCAUGGGUAGUGUGGAAGUUUCUGCUGAGGAUGCGGCGAUUUCGUCGAGUGGACACACUGCGCCAGAGCUACAGGAACCACGGCAGCCAGUGAGGAUUGUGUUGCCGGAACUCAAGCCGCUGCCUCAGCCGACCAAGUCUACGAGGACAGAGAUCGCCGACAGCGACGAUGAGGACGACGCCAUCUCGCUGCCAUCUUCUUCGUCGUCUUCGCUGUCGCCGCCGCCUUCGACGAUUCGGUCCCCGACACCGUUCACGGCUGCAGAUUCUCCCGAACGAGCAGAUGAGGAGGAAGUCACUGAAGGCGCAGAGGAGAACGACCUAAACAACAACCUGGAAGAAACACCAGACCAAGUCACAAAAGAGUCUCACGAGGAGAAGACUGAGAGCAGACCACCAGGAGACGAGAUCCCCGACGCGAUUCCAGCCGUGGCAGCACCCGAGAGCAGAUCCCCAGAAAACGAUUCAAAAGACUCAGCCUUGCCGGACAUCAUCCUCAUCACCCACUUCCACAGCCUCAUGACGGCCCUCUUCACCCGCCGCGACCGUCAGUCCGCGCACGAUUCGCUGCAACACUUAUCCUCCCACCUGCGAUAUAUAUCCAGGACUUUAGAGACUAGCCCGUUGAUCAUGCUCCUCAACAGUACGAGCUCUUCAAAGGAGUCGACGAUGUCCAAGACCUCCGUGAAUGCGCAAGGCGGUCCACCGCCGCCACCACCGAAUGGAGGAGAAACCGGCACGAGCAGCAGUAGUAAGGCGGUCGACCCAACCCUCCGAUCAAUCUUCAACCCGCCUGCGCUGAACAUCACAGGCUACGGCUACGGUGGAAACCAAGCGGCAUCGAGGCGGAAUAAACCUACAUUUGGGCUUGUCUUUUCGCAGCUUCUUGAUUUGCACCUGCUUUGUACCAAGAUACCUAGGGAUAAGGAGGAUGCUGAAAGGCUGUAUACUGCUGCGCCUGGUGGUAUCGGGGGUGGAGGGGAGGAUGAUGGCGUGGGGGUGAGGUUUGUUUGGGCUUUGGAGGUUCUUCUUGAUGAGAUUGGGGUUUGGGAACACGAGACGGGAGCGGGAGCGGGGGCGGAAGGGAAGAAGAGGGGCGCGAGGAAGAGCAGAGAGCAGAGAUGGGGUGUUGUUGAUGUUAGGGGUGGACGGGUUGUUGAUGCGUUUGAGACGGUGGAGAAGAAGGUUGGGGAGAUUCGAGUCGUUGGCGGGUUUGGAGGCCCGAGAGUGUGA